CCAACACACGCACAGAGAAGCAUAGAUGAGAAACAAGUACUGCAGCAGCAUGCAGCAGCUUGCAGCAUCUGCGGCUCAGCCAUUCACGGGAUGAGGGGGGGACGCUUGCAGAAAGGGAAGCAGAUUGUUGCUUUACACCAGCCUGCUUGUGCAUCUUAGUAGAGGUGAGAAUGAUGCAUUUCAUUUGCAGAUGGCUCAAGAAAUCCAGGCUCUUCUGCACUGCCUCUGCAUCCUGUUCCCCCUGCUCCUCCCACUUCAACUCUUCCUCCUCCUCCUCUCUACAGCAUCAUUAGAAAGGACUACAGAUUGACUGGGACUGGCAAGCUGUGGAUGGUCAGAUUUUACCCCAGCGGAAGGAUUUUUUGGUGGCUAUGCUACAUCUGCAGCCUGACUGUCGACUGGAUUGUAACUGACUAUAAAAUAACAUCUGAACUUACAAGGAAUCUUGGAUGUGUGUGAGGAUCUAUACCAGUGUUGUCACUGGUGCAUUUCCUCCUUUUUCCUUCUGGUGGUUUUUGCUUUCUCAGAGACUGGCUAGCAGGCACUGCAGCAUUAGGACCGCAAGAUUCAUGAAGGGGUAGGGCAUGAGGACCAAGGGGCAACCCUGAGGAAGGGCUUGAUAACUUCUAUUGGAACCACUGCUGAGCUGAUCGUUUGGGACAGCAGGUGGAAGAGAAGAUGCUUAUGGCCCGAGACACGGCCCGGGAUGAGGCUCAAAAGCUACACAGGAAGUGGCUGAAACACCAGGCCUUUAUGGCAGAGCUGGCCCGAAAUAAGGAAUGGCUGGCCAAGAUAGAACAGGAGGGCCAGGAGCUUAUCCAAGAAAAGCCAGAGCUGCGUCCAGUGGUGCAACAGAAGCUGGAGGAAAUCAGAGAAUGCUGGUCUGACCUGGAGACCACCACAAAGGCCAAGGCCCGGCAGCUCUUCGAAAACAACAAACCUGAGCCUACACUGAAGAGUUACUCUGACCUUGACAGCCAACUCUCCAAUCUGGAGCAGCAGCCCCCCCAGCUGGAACAGGCACACCACCUGCCCACCUUCAAUGAGCAGCUCCAGAAAUUCCAGGCAAUGGAGUCCCAGAUAGGUGACUUCUACAAGGAUAUGGGGGAGCUGGGAAGCUUGCAGAGUCUGAGCCUGCCCCAUCAAGGCCUGAUGGCAAGUGAAAAGGAGGGUGCUGAGCAGUCGGGUGAGGUGGAAACCCGCAUUGUUCGUCUUAUUGAACCCUUAAAGGAGAGACGCCGUAUCCUCCUGGCUUCUAAGGAAAUGCACCAGGUUGCCCAGGAUCUGGAGGAUGAAAUUCUAUGGAUCCAAGCAAGGCUUCCUUUAGCAUCAGGCAAAGAUUAUGGGAACAGCCUCCAGAGUGUGCAGCAGCAUGUCAAAAAGCACCAGACACUUCAGAGAGAGCUGACAGGGCGCCGGGCUCGGAUUGAAGAGGUUUUAGACCGGGCUGCAAUCAUCGCCUCCCUAAGAACUCCCGAGGUGGACUUUGUGCGUGAGGGAGCUGGACACGUGCGCCAGCUGUGGGAGGUGUUGCAGCUGGAGACAGAAAGGCGCUCUGUGAUGUUGGAUGCGGCCCUGCAGUCUCAGCAGUACUACAGUGAGGCUGCUAAAGUGGAGUCCUGGCUGUCAGGACAAAAGCUCCAUGUUGCUAAUGAAGAGCAAGGCUCUGAUGAAGCAAGCACCCUGCAGCUGCUAAAGGCCCACUUGGCUCUGGAGCAAACAGUUGAAACAUAUGCAGAGACAGUAGGCAUGCUCUCCCAGCAAUGCCAGCAUUUAUUGGAGCUGGGACACCCAGAGAGUGAGCAAAUUACUAAGCAGCAGUCUCACAUAGAUCGGCUAUAUGUGUCACUGAAAGACAUGGUGGAGCACAGAAAAACCAGGCUAGAGCAGCAGUAUUGGCUCUACCAGCUCAACAAAGAAGUUGAGGAGUUGGAGAAAUGGAUUACAGAGCGUGAAGCUGUGGCAAGUUCUACUGAGCUGGGCAACGACCUGGAGGAAGUAACGGUGCUUCAGGAGAGGUUCACCAAGUUUUCCACAGAAACCAAGAGCAUUGGUGAACAACGCAUGGAACAGGUGAACAAAAUGGUGAACGAGAUGAUUGACUGUGGCCACUCGGAUGCAGCCACCAUUGCUGAGUGGAAGGAUGGUCUUAAUGAGUCCUGGGCGGACCUCUUGGAACUCAUGGAAACACGCAGGCAGAUGCUGGCAGCAUCCCAGCAGCUGCACAAGUUCUUCACUGACUGCAAAGAGGUCUUGGCUCAGAUCAUAGGGAAGAUGAAGCAGCUGCCAGAGGUGAGAGCAUGCCAGGCCAACAUUACCAAUCCAGCUACCCUACAGAGACUCAUGCACUCCUUUGAGCAUGCCCUUCAACUGCUAGUUGCACAGGUGAGGCAGCUCCAAGAGAAUGCUGCCCAGCUCAGGGCCAUCUAUGCUGGCGAAAAGGCAGAGACUAUCAUGGUGAAAGAACAGGAAAUAAUGGAAGCUUGGAAGGAACUACUGAGCUCUUGUGAAGCCAGUCGCAUCCAAGUGACUUCUGUUACCGACAAGGUGCAGUUCUUCUCAGUGGUGCGUGAAAACCUAAUGUGGAUGGAAGGCAUCAUGGGCCAAAUAAAAUGGGAUGAGCCAAGAGAUCUUACGGCUCUGGAAGGAAUGAUGAAACAUCAUCAGGAUUUAAAAGCCAAAAUAGAUGGCCGCAGCAAGACCAUCCUACAGUGUGCUGACCUCGGCAAGAUUUUGAUAGCUGCAGGCAAUCCUGCAUCGGAGGAGAUACAAGAGAAAUUGGACAGUCUUCUAACUAAGCAGAAGGACCUUGUUGAAAAAUGGGACAAACACCAGGAAAGGUUACUACACAAGCAGGAAAACUUCCAGUUUGCCCAGGAGACAGUAAAGGCAGAAGCCUGGCUGAAAGCCAAGGAGCCCCUGAUCAGCUCCAAGCAGCAAGAGGGAGGAGAGGCCCAGGCGCAGACAGAUGAGGUCGAGCAGCUCAUACUUCGCCAUGAGGCGUUCCGCAAGGCUGCUGUAACCUGGAAAGAACGCUUCAGCUCCCUCCGUCAGCUCUCCGCAGCUGAGAAGAAAAGGGAGGAGGAAAAAAAGACGACCCCUCUCUCCAGUCGAAGAAUGUUCCCGUUAUCAUGUCUGACUCCCAGCGUUCCUUCAACCAGUGCUACUUCUUCCUACUUGAGGCAGACAAUACAGGCUCAAAUAGAACCCCAACCCUUCCAAACCAGCUUAGAUCUGGGUAGCAGUUCUACAACCCAGAGAUUAUCUUCAGCGUUCGCUAGCUAUAGCACAGCUAUUAAUGGCUCAGGAUACCACGGACUUGAGCAGCCAUGUGUUGGGAAAGUAGGAAGCACCUUGUACUUUGGGAUGAACCAACAGGCAGCUGGAGCUGGAAGUGACUCUGGUUUGUCAGCAUCCCAGAGCGGAGGUGCAGACACCUCUACGUACCAUGGAGUAAACCACCAAACUGCUGGUAGUGCAGAGAGUUCUGGAUACUUUGGAGUGACAACAGGGUGUCUGGGCGGUUUGCAAAACCAUCUAAAACCAGGUGGUGCUAAAUUAGAAAGUUCAGGGAAUAUAGCUCAGCAGCCAAGCAGUGGGGGAAUGAUGAGCCCAAGCUUCUUGCCUCAACAAAAUAUGGGCAGUUCUGGAUAUUUGCCUCAACCACAGAAUUUGGGAAGUUCAGGAUAUCUCGGACAGCAGUCUAAUAUGGGAAGCUCUGGGUAUUUGGCACAACAGCAUAUUACAGGAAGCUCUGGGUAUUUGGCACAACAGCCUAAUUUGGGUAGUUCAGGAUACCUAGCACAGAAUUACCAGAGUAGUGCUGGAUUGGGAAGCUCUGGCUUUUUGGCACAAAAUCAUUAUAGCAGUGGAAGUCUGGGCAGCUCUAGUUUCCUGGCCCAAAGUGGAGGAAUUAUGGAUCCUAAAAUGGCAUAUGCAUGGCAGCACCUGAAAGCUGACUUCAUGCAGCCAAGGAUCAACCACAUCCACAAAGCUAUAAAUCCUCUCCUGGAAGCCAGCAGACUGCAGCGUGAACAGUUUGGAGAUAUCCCUAUGGCAGACAUGGUGGGGCCAGAAUCAGGACUGGAGCUUCUCCACGGUCGUCUCCAGAGGGAUCCCCGCGGAAGUCGUUCAGACCCACAGAUGGACCAUCUGAGGCGGGAAAGGGAGUACAAGCUGGGAAGACAAACCUCUAGCGAGCAGGAAAUCCAGGCAAGGUUGAACGAACUCCCACUGAUAGUGCGGCAGGAACGAUACAGGAGGCGCAUGGAGCGGCAGUCAUCCAGCGAACAAGAGGGGAGCAACAAGCAGAGGCUACAGAGGCAGGACUCAAGUGAUUUGGAGGGCUCUGUGAAGGACGGCUCUGACAAACGCUCAGGGGAGAAGAGGUCUACCAUGGCAGAAAUUGUGGAACAAGCCCAAGACAGAGAGGCAGCACAUGCCCGUGGAGAACCGUAUCGUCCUCCCAGCAGCCUCUCAGCACCUGUGACUCGGUUUGAUGGACGCCCACGUGCCCGGGACCGUCCCAAACCAAGGAGGCGGCCCCGUCCCAAAGAGCCUGAGACCACUCGUCGUUCUCGCUCAGCCCCAGCAACCGGUGCCCCCACCACCCCUCAGCCUCCAUCACACACUGCCCAGAAUGAAGGCUUCCUCUACUGUAAAAAGGCCACAAGUAGCGACCUGGAAGCUCAACAGAGGAGUCCCAACAGCAAAUCCUGGGUUAACGUAUACUGUGUGCUGAAAGAGGGAAAAUUGACUUUCUAUAAGGAUGCUAGGAACCAUACUACAACAUACAAUGAAGAGCCUCCUGUUGACCUGAGUGAGUGCUCAUUCGAUCCGUCAAUGGGCUACAAGAAGAAGAAAAACGUCUUCAUACUCCAAGUAAAAGAUGGAACCAACUUUGUAUUCCAUGCUAAAGAUGAGGAGGACCUGAAGGCGUGGACGUCAAAUAUCACCACAAGUAUUGCUGAGCAUGAGGCCAUGGCCAAGUGGGACAAGCCUGGCCCCUCGUCCAUGGACCCUGACCGCUCAGAGAGGAAGGAGAAGUCAGAGGGCGACGCAGAUGCCAGGUCAGAGAGGUCUGAGCUGAUGGAGGGGGAGGAGAGGUCAGAGAAGGAGAGGUCAGAGAAGGCUGAGGGUUCAGAAAAGUUAGACACAUCUGAAAUUGCUGACAAGUUGGAAGGUGGCGCAGGGGGCUCCAGCACAUCUGGGAGAAGCAAAUGAGGUAGUAGUUUUAUUUUCAUGUUAUUGUUAAAUAUCACUGAUGAAAGGCGAAUAAGGGGGAGGGGGGGAGGGGGUGUUAGAUGGCAAGCAUGUUUGCUGGACCACCAUCACUGAGGCCAUGGUACCCGGACUGACUGCUCUUACUGUGACUAACUGAUCUCUCAGCCUUCACCUGGGCCAAACAUCCGUGCAUCCGUGCAUAGCGCCACCUGCUGGUUGAUACAGAGAUCAGUCCAGAGAGACAGACAGACUCAAACAAUUGGUCCCAGGAAUCAGUCACUGUCACUUUCCAUUUCCGAUUGUUUGAUCUAAUGAUUCACGGCAUCUUUCUGUAUGUACCUUUUGAAAUGUAAUGCUCUGUCUAACGAGACAAAUACAAGAAAAGUUGAAUGAAAUGUUUCACAAAAAAACUUUUUUUCAGCAAUAUACUUUGUUUUUUCUUUUUCCUCUUUGUCAGAAAGAAGGGGGUAUUAAACAAAAGGUAAUUUAAGAAAUAAACGUCAGGAUUUGUCACUUUUUCCCAGCGGUUGACACAUCUGUAUAGUAAACAUGACAUUAUUCCUGUCACAUGGCUAGCUUUGGAUCAUGUUCAUAUAUUGGAAUGCUGGUAUCACCACCUUACUUCAGUGGAGUCAAUGAAAACACAUUUCUAAAGUUACAUUUUGGUUCUUAUUAUGGCUAUUAUUAAACUUGUUUGCCCAUUAUUAUGUGUCAAGAAAGAAAUAAUUAAAAAAAAUCAACCCAAGGUGUGUAACACUAAGCCUAUGUGAAAAUGACAAACUUGGAACAUUGCAUGAAAUGGUCUGUUACUGCACCUGUUCAACUUGCCUUUGUUUUUCUUAUCUUGACACAAAAUGAGCAAUGUGGGAGUUGCAAUAAUUUAAAGUGAGCUUUGUUAGAAGGGAAAGAGGUUGAGAUGAGUUCCAAAAGCAGGGUUUGUCUUUGGUUUUUGGAAUGUGGAAGCAGCAGCUUUCCAAACCCAAAGAAGCUCCUCAUCUGUCUAUAAUGUCUCUGCAGAAUGUACUGAUAUCAGCUUUGAAAUUUUCAGGCACACCAGACAGGUGUGUGAUGCCCUAAAUUGUAAAACUCUGGAGCCGAGAUCUUUGUCCCACAUCCUUUCAUUCAGAGUUCAAAUCAACUGAAUCCUCUUCACCAAAAGCAAACUCACUGGAUUGUAUAUACCUAACUUUGUAUGUAAACCACUGUGCUCUAAAUAAAACCAUUCUGAGCUCAUAACUGAAGUGGGUAAAACCUAAGCAUUUAUUUUAAGCUACAAACAGAAACAUGUAUUGAUGUUUAUCACAAUAAAGGAGAAAUAUGCAAAUUAGGAUUUACUAUUAAUGAUCAUAGAGUGUAUAUAUUAAUACACCUGUUCAGUAUCUAGAUCUAUUCAAAUAAAUGAGCAGGGAGGAGGCAGGCAGACAUCCUGUGGGUAUGAUUCUUGUAUUUUUUUAUGCUUAUAUUUCUUCAUGUCAGAUUCAGGAGUUUUGUGUUUAAGAACAUUAGGUUGAUUUAGGCGGCUGAGUGCUCAGUGUGUCUGUGACAGAAGAACUAAAUGUAUGUUAGAAACCUAACCAGCCUGCUCCAGGUGGAAUGAGCUAUGGUAAACUGUGAAAGCUGAGAUGAACAGGUAUCGGUCCACUUCUGUUUUGUUAUGUGAGAUUUUUUUACACAUGUGAUACAAAUAAAGUUUCUGCAAUGUCAAUGAAUGUGGUUUGAAUUGCAGUAUUAAAGAAAAAGCUCCACCUCCACUGUGCAUCAGCAGCCAGCAGCUUGUUUCCCAUCCUGUCUAACUCACCUCUCCUGUUUGAAAAUGGCUUCUAAAGAGUAUAUGAGAGAUGCAGCUCUGCUUGAACCCGCUGCCUCCAGGAUUGUGGUGUGGCUCUUCACACUGCUGUCAUUUUGACAAGGAUGAUAAUCAAAUGCUUUCAUUUGUAAUCUAUUGUUCAGUUUUUACAUAAGUGCCAUGUCAUGCUGUCUCCUCUGACAGUGAUUGAACAGAGAUCAAUCUAGUCCACUGGAAAUAUGACCGAGAAUCAUUGCAAAACAUAUUUUUAACAGAUUUAGGAACAGCAGUAUUUCCUGUGUAUUUGUGGUAAAUAUUAAGCCCACAUAAACAUGUGCGCUUUAUGUGUUUGCUUUCCACUACUUUUAAAACACUGGGGAUAUUUACCACUACGUUAAAACAGAGAGCCUAAAGUAGAUAAACCAUGGAUGAGUACAGAAUUGUGCAAACUUUGUUGACUUCAUUGAUGGUCUUAAAGUGUGUAUGUCUUUGUUACUUCCCAAUAAAACCUGCUGCUAUGACAUUAAAUAAACCUCCAAACUUGCUAAGACAAA